AUGGAUGGGGCUGAUGAAUUAGAGCUUUGGGGACUCCAAGGCAUAGAUCAGAGCACUUUAGAACAGAAACUUGAGUCAACUGCACAAAAUUUAAUUAAUAAGAAAAGCGAAGAGCAGGAACGAGCUAGACUUGAACGAUAUGAGGAGAAGUUGAAGUUGCUUCAACAACAAAAGGUGGCAUUAAAACAAAAUAUUAGAAAUGCUACAAGAAUUAGUGUACGAGAUAAGCUAAGUCAAAAGUUAUCAAACUUGCAAGAGGAUGACUUGGCCCCACUUCUAAAAGAUAUUGAGGACAUUAAGUUGCGGCUACGGUCAAUAAAGAAUGGGAAAAGGUAUAGUAAAUCACAAAACCUUGAUCCAUCAGCUAAGCAAACUAAUGAAACAGAAGAUGAGUUCCUUUUAAGAACAGGAAAAAUAACAGCUUUCGGAAAUCGCACGAAGUUUAUGUUGGAUGUUGACGACGGGAGAGCUAAUAAUGAUGCAGAACAAGUAAUUGGAAAGCUUGAACAUGAUGAAAGUAUUAAAAAUACAGAUUCUAAUUUAUUAGAUGAUUCGGAGGACGAAUUUCGAUUAUCUGGAGGUGAAUCCCAGGAUAAGGAUUCCGAUAUAUUCUCAAACACCUCUAGAGAUAUAUUUGAUGAUGGUGUCGAGUCUUAUUACAAUAAACGUCUAAAUAAAUGGAUUGCUAAAAGAAGCCAUGGUCGUCCAAAUAAUUCAUACCCAAAUAUCCCUGAAUGGGAACGCCCUCAUCCUACGCUCUCAGGUGCAAAACUGAAUAAUGAUUUUAAAAUUCCUGGUGACAUUUUCCCAUUACUAUUUGACUAUCAGAAAACGUGCGUUCAAUGGCUUUACGAAUUAUAUCAACAAAAAAGUGGCGGUAUUAUUGGUGAUGAGAUGGGUUUAGGUAAAACUAUUCAAAUAAUAUCGUUUCUUGCUUCUUUACAUCACUCGGGGAAGCUUAAUAGACCCGUUCUUGUCAUAUGUCCUGCUACUGUUUUGAAACAGUGGUGUACUGAAUUCCAUAAAUGGUGGCCCCCAUUUCGCACUAUUAUUUUACAUUCUAUUGGAACUGGGAUGGUUAAUAAGAAGAAAUUAACAGAGCAAGAAAUUGAGGAAAUUAUAAUGAAAUCGAAAGCAGAAGAGUUCUCGUACGAUGAUUAUUCGAAUUUUGAACGCACUAAAAAAGAGAUUGAAUCAAAUUAUAAUAUUAAAAGUUUAAUAGAUAAGGUAUUGAACUUAGGACAUGUACUAAUAACCACUUAUGUUGGACUAAAAAUACAUGCUGAUGAAUUGCUUAAGGUUGACUGGGGCUAUGUGGUUCUUGAUGAAGGACAUAAGAUUCGAAACCCAAAUUCAGAGAUUUCUUUAACUUGUAAGAGGUUGAAAACCCAUCAUAGGAUAAUCCUUUCAGGUACCCCAAUUCAGAAUAAUUUAACCGAAUUGUGGAGCCUUUUUGACUUUAUUUUCCCGGGAAAACUAGGUACCUUGCCAGUGUUUCAACAACAGUUUGCAGUCCCAAUAAACUCAGCUGGUUAUGCAAAUGCUACCAAUAUUCAAGUUCAAACCGGCUUCAAGUGUGCUGUAGCGUUACGUGACCUGAUAUCUCCGUAUCUUUUACGAAGACUGAAGGUUGAUUUAGCAAGAGAUUUACCUAAAAAGACUGAGAUGGUCCUAUUCUGUAAAAUGACUCAAGUUCAGAAGGAUAAAUAUUUGCAGUUCUUAAAUUCAGAUGACCUAGUGAAGAUUAAAAAUGGGAAGAAACAGGUUCUAUUUGGAAUCGACAUUCUAAGAAAAAUAUGUAACCAUCCCGAUCUUCUGGAAAGGGAGUUCAAAAAACACAAUAUUUCAUAUGGUGAUCCGAAGAGGUCUGGCAAAAUGCAAGUUGUCAAACGCUUAUUACAAAUCUGGCACGAACAGGGGCAUAAGGCCCUUCUUUUUACUCAAUCAAGGCAAAUGUUGGAUAUAUUAGAGAGUUUUAUCUCUUCUAAAGAUCCGGAUCUCUCACAUCUAACUUAUUUAAGAAUGGAUGGUAUGACUGAUAUUGGCCACAGACAUGCUUUAAUAAGUAAAUUCAAUAAGGAACCCUACGAUGUAUUUCUGCUCACUACUAGAGUUGGUGGUCUUGGUGUGAAUUUGACUGGUGCAAAUAGGAUAAUUAUCUUCGACCCUGACUGGAACCCAUCGACAGAUAUCCAAGCUAGGGAAAGAGCAUGGAGAAUUGGCCAAAAAAGAGAAGUUUCAAUAUAUCGCUUAAUGGUCGCUGGCUCCAUAGAGGAAAAAAUAUACCACCGACAAAUAUUUAAACAAUUUCUGACAAAUAAAAUUUUGAGUGAUCCUAACCAAAAACGGUUCUUUAAGAUGAAUGAGUUACAUGACUUAUUUACUCUUGGGAAUGAUUGUAGCAGUGGAAAUGAAGCUUUCAUGCAAGAGGUCUCUAAACAAACGGAAAAACUGAAAAAAGAUUCAUCUGAGGGGGCUGAUGAUUUCAAUCAAGUUAUAAAUAUUGAAGGUGUAUCCAAGCUUGAAGGCUUUUAUAAUGCGAAGGAGAAAGAGGUCGAAAAUAUGAAUGAAGAUGAUAGACUCAUGAAUAGCUUCUUUGGUGGGGGGGAUCUUACAAAUUCCCUGGGGCAUAGUUCGAUGUUAGAUAUGCAUACUACACCGACAAAUGAUAUUAUUGCUAAGGAGGCAGCACUUGUUGCACAAAAUGCCGUUAAUGUGUUGAAUAAAUCGCGUAAAUUAACAAAACGCUAUGAAAUAGGUAUUCCAACUUGGACAGGGAAGUUUGGUCAAGCAGGCAUAAUUAAAAAGAAAAGACAUCCACAAAUUCAACGAAGUUCAAAAAUUCUCGAAAACUUAACAAAACCCAAAGAUGAUAUCUUCAAUGAGAACAAAUUUCCAUUGGACUCAAAUGCUGAAUUAUUGGAGCGCAUCAGGAAGUAUCUCCAAGGGCAACCGUUAUAUUUUUCAAAAUCGGCUGACGUUGUUAAACAGCUUCAGCUAAAGCUGAAAAACGAGGAAGAUCUUAUUAAUGUUCGGGCAUUAUUAAGGGGCAUUGCGACUUUCGACAAAGGCAUGUCUGGGUGGGUGUUGAAAGAUGAGUUCCGAGGUCCUUGA